UUUUUGUUUCAAGCUUGAUCUUAGUCUAGCAAUGGAGGCUGUUGGCAUAAUUGGUUCGGCAUUAGUUGCUCUACAGCAACGCCAACUUGAACCAAGAACUCAACAGUUGCUUUGUGACGCUGAUGAUCAAUGGAUUGAUGGAAUGCUUGUUUUAGAACAGAUGAGAAAACUUAGAAAGCUUGGGAUUAAGCACAGUGUAUUUGAUAUAGUAAAAGAUGUAGGAGGAACCAGAAAAGAUAACUCAAUUGCUGGAAUAACUCGAUUGCCUAAUGGGACUUUCAGUGAGAUUGGUGAAUGGAACGACAUCAAUAAAAGUUGGACGUUCGAUGAUCGUUAUGAAGAACGAAACAAGUGGCGUUUUAAAAUUGGUGAACGCGGAUUACCCGAUCUUCGGGGAGAAAAACUGAGAGCGGUUGUUUAUCUUGAAGAGCCUUUUGUUAUGCGAAAAUUUCAACCCUCCUUUUCAUCACAUUCCAAAGGCCCAGGAAGGCAGACAAUGAUAAAAAGUGGCAAUCUCAAUAUCUUUCAACAACAACGUGGCUGGCCAUCUGGUGAACAGCAACCAUCUUUUGAAGAAAUAAAUAACGAGGAAAUAGAAGACGAUAAUUCGCUUUAUGAAGGAUUCUGCAUUGAUCUGCUUCGGGAAAUGGCUAAAUUGUUGAAUUUUACAUAUGAACUGGUUGAAGUUGAUGAUGGUGCUUAUGGAGUUGAAGAUGAAUAUGGUCAUUGGAAUGGCAUUAUCGGGGUAUUACAAAGACAUGAAGCAGAUCUCUCUGUUUCUGCUUUAACCAUUACUUAUAGCCGUGUAUCAGUUGUUGACUUUACGCUGCCUUUCAUGCAUCUGGGUAUUGCCAUUUUAUUACGUAGAGGAAUGGGCACAGAUGAUGGAGAAAGGAUUUCUGCGCCUGGCGCUAAUUUCUUCACAUUUAUGGAACCCCUUUCAUUAUCCGUUUGGAUGGCACUAGGCAUUGCUUAUAUCGGAGUUGCUUCUACAAUGUGGCUUCUUGCAAAAUGUUCACCCUAUGAAUGGCAAUAG